UCUUUCCAUUCAUUGAAUCUCUCUGUGUCCCAGCAUCUCAUAUCUUAUCACUUCCUCUCUUUCUUUCACCAUUCAUCCACUCUGCCUCUCUCUUCUCUACAGUGAAAAUGGCUGAAGCUUUAGUUACUAUUGCUGCUGAGGGGAUACUGAAAAAGGUGUUGUCUAUUGCUGCUGGCGAACUUGCCAUUGCUUGGGGUUAUGAAGAAAAGUUGACCAGUCUUCACAGAACACUGGAGCUGAUUCGUGCCAAGUUACACGAUGCAAAGAGACAAAAGGGCACAGAGGCUGUGAUGGUGUGGCUGAAGCAGCUAAAAGAUGUUGUGGGCGAAGCUGAUGAUGUGUUGGACGAGGUUCAUUAUGAAAUGUUGAGGCGUCAGAUAAAGAAACGAGAUCAGGUGGCUAGAAAGGCAUCGUGCCUUCCAAGCUUGAAAAAGUUUUCAUUUCAUAAUGAAAUAGGUCAUAAAAUCGAAAAAAUCAAUGAAAUGUUGGAUACGAUCUAUACACAAGCAAAUGGUUUAGGACUACAAAACGAACGCCCUGUUGACCCUGUUCCAGAUCAUCUCUAUCGAGAGACUAUUCCACAUUCAGAAGAAUUCAAAAUUGUUGGAAGAGAUGAUGAUGUACUACGUAUCAUACAGCUUUUAACCCAAUCAAGAACGGAAGAAAAACUUACGAUUGUUCCCAUUGUGGGAAUGGGCGGUAUUGGAAAGACAGCUUUGGCUAAGUCGGUCUACAAUGAUGAAAGAAUCGAGCACCAUUUUAAUGUUAAAGCUUGGCUAUGUGUGUCAGUUAAGAUUGACAUCAUAACUCUUCUUAGAAAGAUCUAUGAAUCUCUUGCUGGAAAGAAACCUCAGUCGGACUCUAAGGUCAAUUUAAUCAAAAGUCUUGAAGAGGAGUUGGGAUCAAAAAGAUAUUUUCUGGUCUUGGAUGAUGUUUGGGUUGAAGAGAGGACAUAUUGGGAAGAGUUUAGGAGAUGUAUGCUAGGUGUAAACUCACAAAAUGGAAGUGGCAUUCUUGUCACUACACGGAAGCUUGAAAUCGGAACAACCGGAAUGAAGGCUGAUUUAUGUCAUUUAAAAGGUCUUUCUGAUGAUCAUUGUUGGGACAUCUUUAGAGAAAGAGCGUUUGUGGCUGGCACGUCACAGUCUCCAGAACUGGAGGAGAUAGGCCGCCAGAUUGUAAAAAAGUGUGAUGGUUUACCAUUGCUAUUAAAUGUAAUAGGUGGCAUGUUGGCAAAUUACCAUGACAAAGAGAAGUGGUUGUCCAUCAAAGAUAGCAAUGUUUGGGAUCUAGAAGAAGAAAGGGAUAGAGUUCAAAAGAGUUUGGAACUGAGCUUUGAUAAUCUUCCCAAUUCUAUCGUCAAGCAAUGCUUUGCAUAUUGUUCCAUCUUCAAGAAAGAUAAGGUGAUGAAAAGGGAAGAACUGGUCCAACUUUGGAUGGCUUUAGGAUUAGUUCAAGCAGACGAGGAAAAGAACAAGGAGAUGGAGGAUGUGGGAAAUGAUAUUUUUGAAAUGUUGGUAAGCAAUUCGUUGUUCCAAGAUGUUGAAAGGGAUGAGCUGUAUGGUCACAUCACUCAUUGUAGCAUGCAUGAUCUGGUGCAUGAUCUUUCGGUAUCACUUUCAAAACAUGAAAGCCUACGUCUGGUGGAUGUGACAGAUGCUGAUAUUGCAUGUAUCCCUCAGGUUAAACAUCUCUCUUUUUACCAUGAACUGAAUGACGAUGAUGAAUUCAAAGCCAAGGUUUCUAUGUUCAUUGAAAGGAAUACAGUGGCUAGAAGUUUGAAAACAUUGUUCAUCAAAGGUAAAGUUGAGAAGAAAUUUUCAUUUCAACCAUUAAAGUGCAUGCGAAUCCUAAAGCUCAAUGGAUGUGGGACAGAGAAGAUAGACGACUCAAUUGGAGAGUUGGUGCAUCUCAGGUAUCUUAAUUUGUCAAAUACCAAGAUCCGUGUUCUUCCAAAAUCUAUUGGGAAACUAUACCACUUGCAAACUCUGAAGUUGCAAGGUUGUGAUGAUCUCAAAUUUCCAGAAGCCAUGAGAAAUUUGAUAAGCCUGCGGUAUUUCAUGUGUGAUGAAGAUAUUCCCACCUAUGUCCUGGGACAGUUGAUUUCUCUUCGAAAAUUGUCUUCCGUCAAAGUGGUUGGAAGGAAGGGACAUGGUAUUGAAGUGCUACGCCAUUUGAAUAACCUUACUAGAAGCCUCUGUAUUUCCAAUUUAGAAAAUGUUAGGAGCAAAGAGGAUGCUGUCAAGGCAGACUUAUCUAGUAAGAAAAAUUUAAACAAGAUUGAAUUCAUUUGGAGUGAGUACGACAGAGGUGCCAACAGAAACGACAAGGAAGUAUUGGGAGGCUUGCAACCCCCUGGAGGUGUGAAAAUAUUGACUAUUAACAAUUUUUGUGGGGACAAUUUUCCGGAAUGGGUAAUGAAGAUGGCAGUAAAUAUUGAUGGGAAAUGGAUGCCACUUGACAAGCUGGUGAAGAUCAGAUUAUCUGGAUGUAGUAGCUGCCUCUCUCUUCCGACGCUUGAGCAUCUACCACAUCUUCAGCAUCUUUGGUUGCAGAAUAUGGACAGCUUGACAUGCUUAAGGAGCUCUGAUGUUACCGGAUCAACGAAGCCUUUGUCUCCAUCUUUGAGAUCCCUCCACCUAUACAGUAUGGAAAGACUGGAAAAGUGGAUAGACAGAGAACCCAACAGCUCAAAAAUGAUAUCGCCUGUCCUCGAGGCCUUGUCCAUUUGGACUUGCCCAAAGAUUAUUCUAUUAGAUGAAUGCCAUCCCCAUCCUCUUGUUUUCUUAAGGAUUUGGGACUGCACAGGUCUGGUGUCCAUUAAGAGCUUACAAGGCCUCACAUCUCUUGAAAAUUUACUGAUCGAUGAUUGUCCUAGUCUUUCAGAAAUAACCAAUCUGCCCAACCAGUGUUAUUCUUUGAAUACUUUGCAUAUUACCAAAUGCGGGAAACUGACUUCCUUGCCUCAGAAAAUGUUUGACUGUUUUGCCUUCUUAAAUAAGUUGGAACUCGGUCCGUUCUCAAAGGAGCUGGAUUUUUUCCCGAGUCUCCAAGGCAUCCAGAAGUUAAGGAACCACCUUCACUACUUGGAACUAAGAGGUUGGGAUCAUUGGGAGUCAAUACCUGAAGAAAUACAACACCUCACCUCAGUGUAUUGGUUAGAAAUAGAUGGAUUCGGAAUACAAGAACUGCCCAUGUGGUUAACCAACAUGUCAUCUAUCCGAUAUUUGAGCUUCUAUGACUGCAAUCGGCUAAACAAAGAAACAGUUAGACGGGGAGCGCCACGGGAAUCAAAUUUUGUCAGAUUAAAUAAUGAAGUGUGUUAAUUAAUUAGUUAUUUGAGUCUGUUGAUUAUAGAUAUGUUGUAUCACUCAAUAAACUAUCUUGUAAGUUCUAA